CUGCCAAUCGAUCUCAGACCGCAGUCCGGCUCAGCGUGUGAACAUGGCGGACAAGAACAAGGUAGCUGAACAGUAUUACGCUCCGCCACCGGACCUAGGGAAAUGGGAGGCGUUCAGGAUCUUCCUGUACAACUCGGAGACGGGCCAGGUCCUCGGGCGCACAGGCUCAAGCUGGGCAAAGAUCCUGCUGUUUUACCUUAUCUUCUACGCGAUUUUGGUGGGCUUCUUCGCUGCUCUGCUAGCAGUAUUCUACCAGACCCUGGACACCAAGGUGCCGAAGUGGCAGCUUGACAGUUCAAUAAUCGGCAGUAAUCCAGGUCUGGGCUUCAGGCCAAUGCCAGAUACUGCCAACGUGGAAAGUACUCUGAUCUAUUACAAGGUCAACGAUAAGGGAUCUGUGCUCAAAUGGGCCAGGGUUAUUGACGAAUUUUUGAAUCAAUACCGUAAGAAAGGCAGCGGCAGUGGUGAAGCUCAUGGUGCCGAAAACCGCGUACCAUGCUCACCCAGCAGCGGACCACUCGGCGAGAAGCAAGUCUGUGAUGUACCAGUCGAUGACUUCAAUCCCUGCACUCCAGCCAACCAGUACAAUUACGAACAAGCCGGCCCUUGCGUCUUCCUCAAGCUCAAUAAGAUAUACAACUGGAGGCCGCAGCCGUACAACAACACCGAGGACCUACCCACGAACAUGCCCGAGGAUCUCAAGCAACACAUCAAGACACUGUCUGGCAAACCCGACGCCAACACUGUGUGGGUAUCCUGUGAAGGCGAGAACCCUGCUGACGUGGAGAACAUCGGCCCAGUCCAGUACAUCCCCCGACGCGGGUUCCCUUCCUACUACUACCCGUUCACCAACAAGGAGGGAUAUCUAAGCCCACUCGUUGCUGUACUCUUUGAGAAACCUAGAACCGGUGUCCUCAUCAACAUCGAGUGCAAAGCCUGGGCGAAGAACAUCUUCUACGACCGCUACGAGAGACGCGGCUCAGUCCACUUCGAGCUGAUGGUGGACCGCGCUUAAGCACACAGCUUGCUGGCCACGUAGCUCAUUAAGUGACCCCGUGGCCAUACCUAGCCGAGUCACUUUACUUAGGUCAUUUAGUGUCAAGGUCAUAAAUUGUAUUAAGUUGGCUCCUGGUGAACUAAAGGUUGUUGUGUGUAGUUCAUAUGUGACGCUCCUGAAGGUUAUUGUCAUGGUCGUUGUAUGUUAUUAUAUUAAACUGGCUAUGUAGGGGUUUUGAAUUACUACAAAUUAAUCUAGUUGUUCUACUGAAAUGAAUGGAUGUGUGUUUCAUUAAGUACGUGUGUGUGUGUGUAUGCCUGAAUUUACUUGUUGUGUCGCUUUAGUUUACCAGAUUGUAUUAUUGUGUGUUGAAGAAGAUGUUAAAGGUCAAACGUUGGUGAAGAGGUCUCGAAAGUCUUUGAUUAUAGUUGCUAUGUGUGAGUGUUAAUGGAGAGGUCAGCUAUAAAUGUCAUGUCGGGAAGGUCAUGAGGUCACCAAGUCACACGCUAGUGUCGGCUGCCACUAGCAAUAGCCAAAGCGGCGUUUCGUUUGUAUUCGUUUUAGAAUAAGCCAUAGGGCACCACCGAUUUCAUUUUCACGCUUAAGAUUAAAUAAAACGUUAGGAAAUUCAAAUAAUUACUUAAUUUAUUAAUAUUUAUUCUAUAUUGUAAUGUUUUUUGGACAAGGAGAGUCAAUAAACACGCAAUAGUUGGUUCGAAUCUU